CCAGCUUUUGCUUUCACUGUUCUGCACCACAACAAGGAAGAAUUUCUCAUUCAUUCUGCUGCGGAGGGAGGCACAGUCAGUAAGGUCAUUAUGAAAGGUUUAUAUUAUCAGCUGAACAUGCCGGAUGGUGACGAAACCUUUGUAUUUCAAGAAAAGGAAUGUAGUGAAGCUCCCAGUGAAUAUCACGUGAAGCUGCAAGUAAAGGCUUGUGCUCUGACUUUCAUCAAUCCAAAGCUGGUAUCAGAUAUUAAGAUGGAACAGGAGUUUAUGCCAGUGGGAAGGGAAGUGUCUGGAAUAAUUACUGAAGUUGGAUCCAAGGUAACCUUCUUUCAACCAGAUGAUGAGGUGGUAGGAAUUCUACCACUUGAUUCACAAGAGUCUGGACUCUGCGAAGUGCUCUGGGUUCAUGAGCAUUAUCUGGUUCCCAAACCAGAAAAAGUCAGCUGGGUGGAAUCUGCCGGCACCAUUAGAGACGGAUUAUGUGCUUACACAGCUCUACAUUUCCUUGCACACCUUGGUUCUGGAAAAUCCGUGCUUGUGUUGGAUGGAGCAAGUCCAAUUGGCACACUGGCCGUUCAGCUAUCCCAUCACACUGGAGCCACCGUGAUAGCUACAGCACACAAUGAACAAGAUAAACAGUACCUAGAAAAUCUCAGGCCAACUGUAGGUAUUCGACAGCCUGUUGUGGCUCGUGUUAUAGAUAUGUCUAAAGGGAACACUGACCUAGCAGAAAGCUGUUUAGAGGAAACUGGAGGUCUGGGCGUUGACAUCGUUCUGGAUGCUGGAGUUAGAUUAUACAACCAGGAUAUUUCUAUAACUGAACAUCAGUUGCUUCCGCACAAACAUGAUAUUAUUACACUUCUCUCCAUUGGAAGCCACUGGGUGACCAGGGAAGAAAAUCUACAGCUGGAUCCUCCAGACAGUCAUUUACUUUUUCUUAAGGGUGCAUCAAUUUCUUUUCUUAAUGACGAAAUGUGGAAUUUGUCAAAUGCACAACAAGGGAAGUAUCUCCAUAUUCUAAAGGAUGUCAUGGAAAAGCUGUCUACUGGAAUAUUCAGGCCUCAGUUGGAUGAACCUGUUCCAUUGUACGAAGCCAAAGUUGUCAUGGAAAUGGUUCAGAAGAAAGAAACGAGAAAGAGACAAGUUGUUCAAUUGUGAGGUCUGGAUUGAAUGUAAUAUUCUACUCUCUUAGAGAUGUAAUUCCAGACAGCACAUAUUUGUUAAUGGUCAUGGUGACAGAUUUUAUUGAGAGCUGAAAAGGAAUUAUUACUUAUCAGAAUGACGUGUUUUCAGCCAGAGGUGACCUUUCCAGACCUACUCAGGCCAUCUAAUGGUAAUGAUGUCUUCCGUGAACUUAAUCUGUACAAAAUUAAAAUAAAGAUAUAUUAUUUGUGGUA